GAGGAGAGAGACACGGGGAAAUUUACUUAGAGGGAGUUUUGAAGGCGAGAGAGCGAGGUCUUGCCGCCGCCGUCAGUCUUGCGUUGGCGCCGAGGAGACUCGGGCGUUGAUCCGAUCGUGGCGAAACCAGAUAUAAGGGAGAAUAGGACAGGACUGGAUACUUGGAUGCAGUUUAUUCAUUUUGACAUAUUUUUAUCCUCUCAUUUCGUUUUCAAGUGACAACAUUCGCAGCUGGGGUGGUCUUUUCAGUAUUUUGCGCCGAAUGUCGGGAGUUUAUUUUCCUUUUUUGGGACGGGGUGGGAAGGAGGGGACGGUCAAAAUAAUCGCCGCAAAUCGUAUUUUUGCCUUUUGGAAAGGUCCCGAUGCCUGUUCAGAAGUGGAAAGAGGGGGCGGUGGGUUGACGUGCGAUGGCCGUUGUUUUAAACUGGCUGGACUAUGAAACUGGUCAGAACCCAUUUUCUUACCCUCCCUUCAAUUUCAGAUCCGUAUGUGUUAACUCCCUGAAUGUGUUAUCUUUUCAAUAAAUCCCUAUCCGUCAGCCCCCAAUUUGGGGGGUAUUCAUGUAUGAAUCACUUAAAUAUGGGAUUAAAAUUGAUCUCCACCCGAAUAAUAAACACGCGGCUGCGGUUUGUGAAAAGCCUUUUUUAAAUUUUCGAAUACACAACUGCAACUCCCGACCAACGGGGCGGAGCCUUGGCUUUUAUUUUCUUUUGAAAUUAAAUUUCUACGUUUUUCGGUCGUUAAUAACUUGGUGAAUGUCGCUUUUUAAAAGGGUAGCUUGAUUGCAAAGAUGUUUAAAAGAAAAUCUAGUUCUGGCAGAAGACUGCGAUAAAAUGGCGGCGUUUGAUUUGAAGGGGAAGGUUUCAGAAAUGGCGUAGUGACUGAAGCCAGCUUUUCUUGCGGUGUCCAAUUGCUCGCCUACCUUUUGUGUUGCAGUGUGGAAAUGCAUUGAGGCGGCUCAGCUGUAAUCUUAUGGUAGAACCGAAUUUUGCGGGAUCUGCAUAUUCAUCCACUUCAAACCGUCAAACCCCAUUCCGAUAACGCCACAAAAAUCAAAUUGCCGAACGCCUGAUUACGUUAUGUUGUAUUACAGAUAAAUAUGAUGGUGGCUUGCAUGUACACAAAUUUUCCCCCACCCCUCCAAAGGAUUUUUUUUCAAUUCUUUUGACUUGGAAUACAAAGUCGUAAUCACGAUGUUUUCCAAAGCAGUAUCGUACUGGAAUAGUCAAUAUCAUCAUUCAUCUGCAUUGUCGCAUUUGUGCUUUCUACCAAAAAUAUCGGCGUGCAGGGAUUGUUCUUGGAGCAGAAAAGGAAGCAACUGAAUGAACUUGAAACACUAACAUGGCAGAAUGUUGCUGAUAUCUCCAUAAUUGAUACAAACAUAUUUCUGAAGCAAGUCAAAAGAGACAUCAUAUUUUUGCUAAAUAGAUAAGCGACAGCAUACAAACAAACAACCUUGGAAACUCAGGACAAAUGACCAUGGAAUCAGUAGUUGAAUCUCACCAAGAUGGCAGUGUAACAGAUUCCGCCACAGAUAGUGAAUCUAUCCAAUUACAAGCUCAGAAUUCUCAGACUCAAAUUCCUACCAUUGCGCAGGUAUCUGUAGCUGGUACUCAAGUUGCUUCCGGGUCUCCAGCUGUAACUGUUGUACAGUUGCCUUCUGGCCAGACUGUGCAGGUCCAGGGAGUAAUCCAAACUGCACAACCCUCUGUCAUACAAUCACCACAGAUACAGACUGUACAGGUAGCUACUAUCGCAGAAACAGAUGAGUCUGGUGAUUCUGCUGAGGUUGUGACUGACUCUCAAAAACGGAGAGAAAUUCUAUCCAGGCGACCUUCCUACAGAAAAAUCCUAAAUGAAUUAUCUUCUGAUGCACCUGGUGUUCCAAAGAUUGAUGAAGAAAAAUCAGAGGAAGAGGGAGCAACAGCUGCUAUCACUACAAUGGCAGUGCCAACAUCUAUCUAUCAGACCAGUACUGGCCAAUACAUUGCAAUCGCUCAAGGUGGAACUAUCCAGAUUGCAAACCCUGGAGCUGAUGGGGUACAGGGACUACAGACACUUACAAUGACAAAUGCUGGAACACCCCAGCCUGGGGCAACCAUUGUCCAAUAUGCUGCACAGUCAAGUGAUGGGACACAACAGUUUUUUGUUCCAGGCAGUCAAGUUGUCGUCCAAGCUGCCACUGGAGAUAUGCCAACUUACCAAAUCCGAACUCCAACUACCACUUUACCUCAGGGAGUGGUAAUGGCAACCUCACCAGGGACAUUGCAUAGUCCACAACAGCUGGCAGAAGAGGCUACACGUAAGCGGGAGCUCAGGCUAAUGAAAAACAGGGUACGCCCACAAUUGCAGGAAGAGCCAAUGGCUAGCUGGCUGUCAAGAGGCUUCACCUUGGUACAUUUUAGCCUGUUUUAAAUCUUCUUUAAAGGCAUAUGUUUUCAAUGGUGGCUACAGACACUUGCCAGCAAGAAAAUUGCCAUUUCUGUUUGAGACACUGAAGCUUUGUGGAAAACUACAACAGCCUUACUGCCAGUAAUAGUGCAAUAACAAUUUUAUUCAUGCCCGUUGUUGAAAUGAUUCACGGUCAUGUUGUUUAAAAAACGAAGGAACUUUUAAAUUUUGGAAUUUAACCUGGAACUCCAUGUGAUCUAGUGUUCCUUGCUUCACAAUAUUACAGUCAUGGCCCAAGAAACUAGGCCAAAACAGGUUUGUCUAAUUUCUACAGCUCUACACUUUCUGCUUAUGACGUGAUGCUGGUCUAGAUUUUUCACUGCCUCCUAAAAAGCAAUGUGUAUCCUUUUCUUGAUGCUUCGAAUAACACCACUGGAAAGACUUGAUAACUUAGCAGGCUUGGGAACUCACUUUAAAGUCUAGCGUUCUAAUUCACUAAUCAAAGUGUUGUAUCUUAAAUAAGUUGUGAAUGACUUAUACUUUUUUUAAAGUUCUUAGAUUGUGUCAAUCCUUUUGGUCAUCGCUUGAACCAGUCUUCUGAUGCAACAAUUUAGAAAUGUGACUUCUCACUGUGUGUUCUAAUCUGGUUUAGUGUUAUGUUGAAAAUUGUGAAUGCAUUUUGAAAAUACUAACAUUUUAAAACAGGACAUUGUUGGGUAGAAUAUAUAGUGUAUGUGUCAUAAAUAUACAUAGGGAAAUGCAUGUGGCUUUAUUUUCCUAUUAGGCAUCAAUAAAUUGA